AUGGAGGAUCCCGAAGAACUUCAAUUAGCUAUAUAUGAAGCCGUUCUCGAUGAGGAUGUUCCUGGGAUUGAGGUCAUUUUAGCGACGAUUUUCUUAUUUUGAAUAUAAACCUUUUUUUUUAGUCGCUGGUAGAGGGAAAGAGCGAGGAAUUAGUCAAAUCAGCACUGAACAUGGCAACCUACAGUAAUCCGUUGAUCACCGCUUGUGAACAAGGUUUUGUGGAUGUUGUGCGAACUCUGGUGAGUUACUGUAAGCUCCCAAGUUCUCAAAAUUUUCUUCCAAGAUUCGCUUGGGCGCCUCCCCUUUCACUUAUUCCUUGGUCAAUGAUCCAUAUACGGGUGCGUUCAAAAAAAUGGGUGCCAUUUUCAUAAAUAGAGCAAUUUUCAGCUCCAGAAACGGCUCUGGAACUGGCAAUUGACCGUAUCGGAUCAAGAUCUCUAUCAGAGAUGGUCAACAGUGAAAACGAAUGUUAUCUCGAAGUAUGAGAAAAAGUAUUUUUUCAAAGAGUUAACCCAAAUUUCAGGUGAUCAAAGUGAUGGUUGAAGAAGCAAAGAUUGAUUUGAAAAAUGCUGGAAAUGACGGUCUCCAGCCCCCUCUGGUCACUGCCUGCUCCCACGGGAAUCUAGAAAUGGGUAUGAAAAUGUAUACUUGUGUUUUGAAUCGAAAGUACUUCCAAGUAUUUUUUAUUUAUUUGAAAAUCUUGCCGAUUUCAAUUUUUCAGCCGAAUACCUUUGCCAGCACGGGGCCGACGCCAAAUAUCAGGAUUCGCGUGGAUUUUCAUGCUUGAUGGCCAUUCCCCGCAAUAUGUGUCCUCAGAAAAUGGUUUUUAUUUUCAUGUUCUAUUCAUCGUUGCUUUGGGAGAAAAAAAUACUAAUUAUUUUAUUCAGAAUUUUUUUCGCGCGACUCAUUUGAGCGCAAAAUGUUUUCAGCAAUGUUUUUUUAUCACUUUUUUUUCUUGAUUACAUUACUUCUAUAGUUUUUUUAUCAUAUCAUAUGUUAUGAAAGGCGAAAUUAUCCAGUCAUAUAACCCUUCAGUGAACGCUCAGAUCUAUGAUAGGAAUUUGCUUUGAUGGCUUCAAUCCGUGAAAAUUGAGAAAAUUCCAGGAUAUGAUUUCGAUAAGCCAUUUUUUAUCAAGCUAGGUAAAUAAAUUGAUCACAAAUUCGAUUUUUGCAGGGCGAAUUAGCUGAGUUUUUGAUCAAAAAAGGGGUCCCGAUUAAUGCUACGAACUAUAAAGGUAAAAGUUUGCCCUAUAUUGAGAGUUAUCUUUCAGAUUUAAAAGGGUUUCGAAAAUUUGAAGUCAAAUCACUUACUAGUGAGCCAUCAGUAAAGUUAAAGAUGAAAAUUUGAGGAAUUUUCGUUAAAUUUAUUUAGUAAAAGGUAUGGAUAAUAAGCAAAACUAUAAGGAGCUAAUGAUGGAAGAAUGGAGUGUUGUGCAAAAAAGUCCAUUAAGGGACUCCACUCGUUUAAAAUAUCAGAAAGGUAAUUUUUAAAAUUUGAAAAAAGAUAAAGGUUCAGUUUCGAGAAAAAGUUUGGUGACUAUUAUUUUUCCCAAUGUUUAAUGUUUUGAAACAAGACACAACAGAUUUCACAGUGAAUUUUUUUUUUUUCUAAUUAUUUUUUCCAGGUCAAACCGCUCUGCACAUCGCUGUUGCCAAAGACGCUGUUCCGCUGGCACGAAUAUUGCUCAUUAAUGGCGCGAAAUCCGCCAAAGAUUGUUUUGGCGACACCCCACUAAUUAUGGCUGCGUUGAGUGGAUCGCAAGAGGUUUGUAGGGCAGAAAGUCUUGAAGAAAAACAGCCGUGAUGAAAAUUUAACGAAAAAAAAAAUUGUUUCAUGUACUGCUUAACAGUGACUUUAACGCGGACCGGACGCUCUUCAGACGUUUCUGAGAAUUUUAGUGAUCGAUGCGUCAGCGCUUCUAAGCGAUUCUAAAAACGCUCAAAAUGGUCCCCUUUCCGUUACGGAAGUCCGAGUUCCGACGUUUUCAAACGCCGAAACGGUUUUCCGACGGUUCUGAGCCUCUUAGUGGUCACUGAAGUGACUUUAGCGCCAUUUUAGUCUUCAUUUGAAGAAGUUGGAAGUGUCUUGCAAACGACAAAUUUCUCUUCCUCAGAUUGUGUAUGGAGCCUAAAUGUUUACUAGUUUAUAUUUUAAAGGCUUUUCUUUACUUGACGCUUUUCUGUUCUCUUGAGUUUAAGUGAGUUCAAAGUUGCAGAUGCUCGAUCUCUUACUCGACUAUGAGCGUAACAAAAAGAAAAAACGAGACGCGAUGUUAUUGAAAGCUUCGAGUCACCUGCUGCAGCAAAUCAGCGACGAAAAUCUGGAACGGUGGAAAAAGGCCCUCGAAAUGCCGAUCGAUCCCAAUGAAGUCUGAAAUUUUACAAGAAAAAGUUUAUAAAAACACAUGCUUUUAGCAAGUGGAAUCUGAAAAGGAAAUGAAGCCCAACCCGGCCUACGAUUGGCUCGUGGAAGCGAGAUCCUACAGCGAAUAUGAAGCUGCAGAGGAUCGGAAGAGAUUCGCGACGAUCCAGGUGUCGAACCUGUUUCAACUCAUUUCGAUCGCUUCAUCAACAUUUGAAGAAUAAAUGGAAAUCGGCAUUUGGUCAAAGAUUUUCGGGUUUUGAAACUUCUAUCGAAAGUAUCGAGUUAUAUAUAGCCCAUUCCGCGUCAGCUUGUCACAGUAUUCUUUCCGCCGAAAAUACCCUAUACCACAUUCAAUCAAAAUUGAGCAUCUUCGCUUCAAUACCUUUGUUUUUUGUUGUCUUUUUUGCGGUUUUGUAGAGCAAAAGUUCAAAUUUACGGUAGCUUUUUCUAUUCUGUUAUUUUUAAAGGUAAAGGUUCGCGCGGAACGCUCUAUAUCAUAAGUUUGGUGUGAUUGUUAUGGAAAAGUUUCAGACUGAUAAUCUAUUCAUACAGGUUUUUCAAAAUUUGAAAAGGAAGAAUUUUUUCUCCUCGAAAAUUUUGAUUGAAGAUUCUGUAUGAAAUUGUUUGAGUGCGGUGAAUUUGAUAUCACAAAAAUAUAACUUUACUUUUCUAAAACACGCAUUCAUUUAUCGGUUCAUGAUCUCAAAAAUUAGUGCCCUGAUUUUAAAAAAAAUAUAAAAUUUUUCUUGCUAAUAUUCCUAAUUUAGAAUAUUUUAUAUCUGUUACAGUGUCUUAUCGUUCGCGAGAGGAUCCUCGGCGAUUUUCAUCCCGAGUUCCUCGAAAAAUUGCUCUAUUACGUCCGUGAAAAUAUCUUCCUAUCAUACAAACCAUGGCGAGUUUAAUAACCCUGAAAAAUGUGAAGAUAUUUAUUUUCAGUGAUAACACGAUCCGUUGCUACGCUCUCAACCUAAUUUAUAGGUACCGUUUGUCCUUGAAAGUAUCUGAAGAAACGAUUAUCUUGACAUUACUUACUUACUUACUUUACUUACUUUGAUGGUUCGUCUUCGCUGAUGAUCUUCCUUCUCACUAGGGGAAUGGUCUUCCCCUAGUCAGCGCGAACCCCACGUCCUCCAUGCAUCCCGGUCUCUGGCGACGGUCAUCCAAUGGCGUCCCUGACGGCUGAUGUUCUAUCUUGACAUUAUCAUCAGGAAUUCGAAACUUCUUAAGAGAAAUUUCCUAAGAUUACUUCAUUUGGUUGAUUGAUUUCAUAUUUAUCAGCACAAUGCUAUAGUUUACCAAAGUUACACACUGCUGGAGCGAAAGUUUUACAAUCACUUUUUUUAAAAUUAGAAUAUUUUCCUGUGUCAUUUUUUCAAAAUUGUCCUGUUCCGAAAGUUUUCCGCUCUAUUUCCUCUCUCUCAAGAAACUUCAAUCCGUUCCCAAUGAACUUUUUCUCAGGUACACAGAACCCAUGUCGGACGCGUCAUACGAAAUUAUCCGCGGGCUUCUGGUGUGGGUCAACUACUCGAGGGACCUUGCUCAUGACGAGGAAGACAUCGAAGAGAAAUUGAACGGCGUCUUAAACGUUUCCGCGUUCCUUUUUGAUUUGGUGUGCUGCGAACUGGAAUAUGUUACUUUAGUUUUUUCCAUUAAACGUUUACGAAUUUCGCCAUUCAGACAGAGCAAAGGUGCAGUAACUAUGCGGAUCGCGACAUCUGGUGUGAGAAUUUGACUUGCACCGUCAUUGAGCUCCUCGCCACAGUUUGACCAUUUUUUUUAGAAUAUAUAUGAUGAUAGAUUGUUUGAAGAUUGUUAUCCAUUGUGAUAGGCUGGACGGCUCUUUCGAUGAAGGCCUGACGAGGUUCAUUUUUUGCAAUGUGAGUUCACAGGCGACACUGUUAGGCUUUGAAAAAAAAAAAGAAAUAUCUUGCUCUAGAAAGACGCUACUCAGGAACUUUAGAGUGGUCCCUAUAGGGGCCCUUGAAGGGUACCCUCUAGGGACCACUUUACCUGCCACUAAAGCUGGCAAAAGUGGCCCUUCUAGGGGACAUGAUAGUCGAUAAUUGUUAUGAACUCUAAGCAAAGAAGCAUUUCCAUGGGAAAAACUGAAUGAAUAAGCGUUUUUUUGAAUUAAAAUUGAAAGACCCCUAUAGAGUCCACUUGAGCUUUAGGGGCUAAGGGGUCAAACCCCUAUAGGGUGCACCAUAAUUUUACCCCUAUAGGGACCACUUCUUCGUCUCUUUAAGGGUUGUUCCCCCAUCAUCGCUCAAACUUCGCCCCUUAUCCGUAUAGCUGAUUCACGGCUAGCUUGGGACGCUAAGGGGGCGUGUCCUGUCUGCGCUUAAUCGUGCAUUAUCGUGUCAAGACCCUUUUUUCAAUGGCUCAAGCCGACCGAGAAUCAGCUAUAGAUCAAACCAAUCAGAGAGCGAGCAAUCCAAAGAGCCUAUUUGGGGACGGGGUUAAUUUUUUGUUUCAGUUAUGCCGUUUCGUGAAGGUGGCUGUCGCCCUCAGACUGUCCCUUUUUCAUUUCCUUCUUAUUUAUAAUGAAGAGGAUUGGUUAUUCAACUCCUUUUUUCUUGCAUUCCAAUACUCGGCUUCAGGUCGGCGAGGUUGAUUCCAUACUUUUUGCGAGCCGGUGCCAAUAUCAACUGGACAAAUUCUGAGGGGCGGACGGCCUUGGCGCAGAAACUCCACAACAAGGGCUUUUAUCUGAACCGAGCCUCCCCUGAACCGUUCUGUGUCCAUGAGUUCUUAGGAAUCUAGAAGUUCAAGAGAUCAGCUUUGAUUUUUCCCAGUGUUGCUGUCAUUCGCGGACUCCUGACCAACGGCUCUCGACUUUUCGUCUCCGUCUCCAAGGACCAUAGAGUUUUCGAAUGUCUCCAGCGGGAGAACAAACUCGCCGACAAGAAGAACUUGAUUCAAAUCGGUUUUUUUUUUCGAACUUUGCGCAACUUUUUUUCGUGAAAAAAAAAUUUAGCAACGAUUUUUUUGGAAUCCCGGCGCGAUACUAGUAGCUUUUCAAGAUUUAUUGUACCGUUUUCAAAGAAAUUUUUAUAAUGCUAUCCUUUUUUUCCUUCCAUCUUUAUCAACUCUGAAAAUUAGGCCAGUGAAUCUCAUUUUCUCCCUGAAAAUCAACGAAAUUUUCCGUUUCAGAUAAUUUAUUUGAAGAGAAAUGCGAAAAGAAACAAUGAUUAUCCACCAACUGUUUUUCUGAAGCCUAGCUUUCGCGGAGUGGGCUUGAAAAAAUCGUUUCCGCACAUUUUUUUUCCCUUUUUUAAUAUCACGAUGAUGCGUACAUGAAAUACGUGAAGUUAAGAUUUCGAUAAAAAUAAAUCUUCAGGGGAUUUCAUCACUCUGAAAGACAUUUGCGCGGAAGCUGUCGAGAUCUGGUACGUGAAAAAAUCGCUGCAAGACGUUUUGCCAAGAAAUUUAUUGGAAUAUCUCGCUUUGCGGGAUUUCAACCAUGCCUGUACUUGCCGUUUUUGA